AUGUCCGAUCGCGAUGAAGCGGCCUCCGUCUCGGCGUCUCAAAGGUCGUCGCACGCGACUUCAGCAAAGGACGACACGACCACCGCCUCGACCCCAGACCAACUCGAUUCGCUCUACGUCGAGCUCCCGUCCGAUGCGACCGAACUCAAGGCCUUGGUGGGCACCAUGAGGCUCGAGGUGACCAAGAAGGACCACACCAUCAACAAACUCAAAGAGGAUUUGGACGAAGUCAAAGCAUCUCACUCUGUCAUCCUACAAAGGUCAGCAGAAUGGCAGGAUGAGCUGGAGACGCUGCGAUUGCGCGUGCCCCAGCUCGAGGAGGAGCUGCGAGCGGAGAAGCAAGCAAAGGAGGACGAGUCGGCUCGGGUCAAGGACCUUCGCCUUCGAGCCGAAGAGAGCCGUCGUGCUAUCAUGCGACUUCAAGGAGAGCAGACCGAUGCCCGCGCCAAAGCAAAGGCGGACAAUCGUCGCAGCUGGGUUCCAACCGCCACUCCGCCACCCGUCCGCGACGAGCAAGAAGAAGCCGAGCUCAAGAAGUCGAAGCGUGCCAGCUUGGCGUUUGGACCCAACGCACUCAACCUCGCUCUCGCCAAUCGACCUGGCAGCAGUCAGGGGCUCGGCCACCGUCGCACCGCCAGCGGCAGUCGCAGCGUCUCGGGCGCGUCCAGAGGUGAAGGCGAAGACUCGGAAGAGCCGCUGAGCCCCUCGUUUGCUCCUGGUCUUCGCGGCUUGCGGCUGUCGGGCACUGCAGGGGCCAAUGGCACGUUCAGCUCGUUGAUGGUUCCUGUGACACCAGGCGCCGACGACAAUGGCAGCUCAGCGCCCAACUCGCGUCGCAGCUCGUUCCUCAGCGAAGGGGCCAGGUCACCCAGAGUCGCCUCGGGAGACCUUCCUCCAACAGACACGAGCGAGGUCUUGUCUUCGUCAGCCGCUCGCCUCUCCGUUCCGGCAGCAGGAGCGGGCUCGCAGCGCUCGAUGAUGCUCAGUUCGCCAGCGUUGUCUCAGGGUGCUGCCAGUUCCGUGGGUGUCGGAUCGCCCAUCCUGGAGGACAACGAGGAGGAAGAAGCAACCGCGGGCCUCGGAACUGCCCCCUCCAAGGCGCUGCCCAACCUGCCUUCGCGUGAGUCGUCGGUCAACUUCCAAGCACACGACCGCGAGCUCCGCGCCAAGGAGGUGGAGAUCGAGCGGCUGACGCGGGAAAUGAGCGAGCUGCGCAUGUCCAUGGCCGAAGCGAUCGAGGCUCGUACGGCGAGCGAAGCGUGUCUCAAGGCGCUGCGGGACUUUAUUGCUCACCACGACGAGGAGGCGGAUGCGAGCGGGCAGAUGGGGGACGAUGCGGAUCGUGUUGUGCAACGCGCUAGUUUCGGGGCUGGUCUACUGAAGGGCGUCAAGCUGCCGCCGUUGCCCACCGACAACAUCGACGACGAUGAGGAGGCGGCCCAUGUGAGUCCGCAAAGAACGGCGAGUGGGAGUGCGGGUGGAUGGGGGUUGAAGAUGCCCACACUGAUGCGCAAGGCUACUUCGUCCAAUGGACCGACUCCUACCGACGAGGCGGAGGCAGCCGAUGGUACGCCUUCUGGUUUCGCAACAUGGUCUCCACGCGCCUCGGGCUCUGGUCAUACCACCGCCAAAUCCAUCAGCUCGAGCUUUGCUGGAUUCGGCAACCUUCUCAGUCGCACCACACCCACCGAAACACCUCCCACUUCUACUCCGGCCGGCGGACCAAGCACGACCUCGACCCAAUCCGAAACCACCAGUCCUCCCGCCGGCGACGAGACAGGCAGCGGCUUUCGCAGCUUUGGCUGGUUCAAGCGGUCCUCUGUCGUAACGUCGUCCACUCACGCUCAACCCGAAUCCGCGGUGUUGGAAGAAAAGGUCUCCUUCCCACCCUUCCGAUCACUCGACCACGACCAGCUAUCCAUCUCGCGUCAACCGUCGGAAACCCUCUCCACGCUACCGAGUCUGAGCGGCGGCCCGUCGAAUUCAACUUCCGCCUCGUCAAUCCGUGUGGUGGGCGGAGACGCGCUAGCGACAGCAGCGAGGAUGGGCGACGAGCAGGAGAGCAAGAAGGUCGCCGAACGGGUCGAGAGCGAAGGGAUGGAGGUGAGCCAUCGCGCCCAGAGAGCCGCCGAGAAGACGGGCAAUGUCGAGCACCUCACCGAUGUGGUUCCCGCUUUCGAUUAA